CGAACAGGGAAGUAAUGUUGGAAGGUGGGAUCGCGCUGGACUGUUUCUUCCUGGGACCAGAUCAAAGCAUUUGUCAGACAGAUUCUAAUUAAGCGGCAGUGUUUGAACUCACAAGUAAAGCAGCUUUUUUUUGCCUGCUAAGCCGUCUGCUGCUAUGAUUUUGUGCGUAUUUUAGUGCUAUGAAUUAGGACACACUGGCUCAGGUGUGUCGGUCGUAUAAAUGAGGAACCGGUGUUCGGAGGUAAAGUAUUCAUUGAUUAAUCUGAUUUAUUGUGUCAGCGCACAAAGCCUUGUCUGCUCCAUCUAGAGCGCCCGCCCACCGGGCUUUCUGCGGAGCAAUAGUGGAAGACUGAUUAUAGUUACGGGAUUUGCCGUGGAGAGAGCCAGAGCCUACUUGGACUGCGAUUUGCUCUCCCAUCAGUGAAGGGGAGGGAAAUUAGCAAGGACUUAUUCCAGUCUGACUGCAUACCGCCAGGACUUUCAGAUCCCCCCACUCCUCUACUACAGGCUACGUCCAGUCCCCUGUCUUUUUAUCUGGUAGCCCCGUCCGAAUACGCGCAAGUCACGCCGGACUUUUGUCUUUUACUGAGGAGGCUGUGAGUGUGAAAUCGCCUCCGCAGUCUCGGAUGCGUAAACGGGGAGUGGGUUGGGUCGUCUAGGAGCCUGGCAUACGCACACGUCGUCAGCGAUAAAAGCAGAUAGGUGAGGGUGAACGCGAGGGGAAGCGCCAGGUUUUUUUAAGCAGGAGAACGCCGGAGAGGUGAGUCGGACACUGGCAAACCGCCGGUCUCCCCCCGGCUGUGGAUUAGACUCUCAGGAGUCCGGCUGCUGUUUGUCGCCCGGGAUUUGUAGACCUUCUUUUCUUCUUCUUUCUGAUUCAGGACCAGCGGUUAACCACAUUAUCAAACCCGACCAGACAUCGCCUCCUCAUCCAAAGGGAAUAUUGGAAGUGAAUCUGCAGGGCAAUACACAAUGGCAACCGGUGCGCUCCUUCUUGCUUGUGCGCUGCUUGCCAGUGUUGCUGUGGCUCAGAGAGUAGUAACGGUGCAGACUGGACCGCUGAUACGGACUGAGGGCUCCCACGUGACCAUCUGGUGCAAUGUGACAGGCUACAAAGAAGGAGUGGAGCAGGACUUUGAAUGGUCCAUGUACCUGGCAUCAGCACCAGACCGGGAGAUCCGCAUUGUGAGCACAGCUCAGCUAAACUAUGCCUACGCCGUGUAUGCCCCACGGGUGAACAGUAAAGAGAUCUAUGUGGAGAGGCUGAGCCGAGACUCUGCUGUGCUCCACAUCACCAAAGUGCAAGCCAAGGACCAGGGUCUGUUUGAGUGUUACACACCCAACACGGACGGGCGGUACCUUGGAUUCUACAGUGCGCGCACCAACCUCACUGUCAUCGCUGACUCGUUGACAGUGACAGCUCCUGCUCAGACUCUGUCCAAGGUGGAAGGAGACACACUACAGCUUACCUGUGAGGUGUCUCGGACCACAGUGCAGCACACUCACCUGUCAGUGGGGUGGUACCUCCGAUCUCCAGAGGAUGCGGCUGCCCCGGCUCAGGAGCUGGUCACCUUGUCGAGGGACUUUGUUCUCCGCUCUGGUGGACCAUAUCGGCAGAGGAUGGCAGCAGGGGACCUGAGGUUGGAUAAAACCAGCGCCACAGCCUACAGGUUGACCAUUCACAAGCUGCAGCCUGUGGACCAGGGCCUGCUCUACUGCCAGGCUGCUGAGUGGAUUCAGGACCCAGACGGCAGCUGGUUCGCCAUGACCCGCAAGCAGAGUGACAAGACUCAGCUCCGCAUUCAGCCCACUGAUCGGGACUUCAGCAUCCAGGUGAGCACGGAGCGACGGUCCUUCACGGCCGGUGAGCCGCUGGAGCUUCGCUGCACCAUUGAGGCCCAGAAUGUCCCCGAGCGUUUCUUCUCGGUGUCGUGGGUCUUCAGCAGCUCACCGGUGGCCGUGGUGGGCCCCAGUGCCGUGCCUGUCCUGGGCCCCGAUUAUGUCGCCCGCGAGGCGGCCGGUCACAUGACUGUACGUAAAGAGAGCCCCAAUGUGCACCUGCUCAAGCUGCAGCACCUGCGCCCCGAAGAUGCUGGGAAAUACAUCUGCCGCGUGACAGAGCGGGAGAAGACACCCACGGGAGACUUCAUCGACCGCAGCAAGAGGUCUCGCAAUGUCCAGAUCACAGUCCAGCCGCUCAAGAGCAACAUCACUGUGUCAUUGUCCAGUAACUCCUCUGAGGUCCUAGAGGGUGACGUGAUCCACUUGACCUGCUCAGUCCAGUCCACUACAGGUCCCCUGUCUGUUGUCUGGCAGUGGACAGACAAGCAGGCAACUGGACCGGCCCAGGAGGUGGCCUCUUUGGAUCAGGAUGGCACAGUUUGGCACAGCCCCACCUACAGAGAGCGCUCCAGUUACGGGGAGAUCCGUGCAGAGAAGGUGCGAGCCGACACAUUCUCUCUGUCCCUGUACAAUGCCCUACCUGGGGAUGAGGGUCAGUACCGCUGCACUGCCACUGAGUGGCUUCAGACCGGCACUGAACCAGAGCUAAAUUGGGAGAAGAUAGGAGAGAAGUCAGCCACCAAGACAGUCACCGUGAAGACUGUUGAGUCCUCCUUCAUGGUGUCAGCCUCAUCACGGACUCCAUCUGUAACCUUCGGAGACUCAUUUGACCUCCUGUGCCUGGUCAAGCCCCGUCACAACCCUCGUGUCCCCACUUCUGUCACCUGGCGCUUCAUGCCGGCUGGUGCAGAUGCUGAUGGCGAGGAUCAGGGAGAGUUCAAAGACCUGGUGACUUUCACCCGUGAGGGCACGCUGCAGUGGGGAGAGCAGCUGCUGGGGCUGGGCACCCGCACCACAGUGGACCGCUCUCACUCCAACACCAACUUCCGGCUGUCAGUGACCCGGGCAGGGCGCCGAGAGGCGGGCAAGUACCAGUGCACCGCCAUCCUUUGGAGGAGAAACUACGACAACAGCUGGAGCAAAGUAGCCAACCGCACUUCCAACCUGCUUGGCAUCAGUGUCCUACAGCCAGAGAGUAAGCUGCGAGUGCAAAAGACCAACCAGUCUCAGGUGUAUCCAGAGGACAGCCGUGUCAGAAUCAAUUGCUCUAUCACCUCCCAGACCAGCCAGGACUCCCAGCACGCUGUGUUGUGGUACGUGAGGCGCGCUACAGGGUCAGAAGCUGAUGAGCUCCUGCUGAGGAUCGAACGCUCGGGGGCCUUUGAGUAUGGCGCCUACGCAGAUGAGGAGAGACUUCGACGUCGUGUGCAGGCUGAGAGGCUGUCACCCCGCUCCUAUGUGCUAACGCUGAACAGGGCAGAGAGCAGCGAUUCUGGGACGUACUAUUGCCUGGUGGAGGAAUGGCUGAGUGACCCAGAUGGAGCUUGGUAUCGACUCUCCCGGGAGUCCUCAGGGUUCACGCAGGUUCUGGUCAAACAGCCAGAAGUUCGACUGCAGGUAGAGGAGAUGGAGUCAAAUGUGACAGUGGAGGAGUCCGGGUCAAUCCGACUGGGCUGUAGCAUUCCUUCCCAGUCGUCCCGUGACUCCCGCUUCUCGGUGUCCUGGUACGUGGAGCGCCCCGAAGAUGAGGACAGUGAGGACCAGCCGGGUGAGGAGGAAAGGGAGCGGGAGUGUGUGUUCUCCAUCGGCCAUGAUGCCGUUUUUGGAAAUGGAAACUGCAGCCCCAGAGAGGAGGCGGGGCCUAACUCCCGCCUGCAGUUUGAGAGGAUGGCCUCUGACCAGUACAGCCUGACCAUUCAAGGAGCCCGGCCGACAGACGCAGGCCGAUACUACUGUCACGUAGAGGAGUGGCUGCUGAACCCCCGCAAUGCAUGGUACCGCCUGGCCACCAACAACUCUGGGUUCACCAUCGUCAAUGUGUUGCAACAAGUCUCCACCCUCCAGUCAGUGGUGUGCUCCAACGACUCCCUCUUCUACUUUGUCUUCUUCUACCCCUUCCCCAUCUUCGGCAUCCUCCUCAUCGCCGUGCUGCUAGUGCGCUACAAGAGCCGCAACAACAGCAAGAGCCAAGAGGGCAAGAACGGCGCCCCCCUCCUGUGGAUUAAAGAACCUCACCUCAGUUACUCUCCCACCUGUUUGGACCCGCCUGCACUCAGCCUGCACCCUGGCUCUGUUGACUAAGCGAGGGCCCUGCCCUCCUGUCUCGCACACGUUGCGGAUCCAGCCAACACAAUGCCAGGGAGCAAAUCCGGACUCCACCUUCAGACCUUACUGUCGUUCACUGCUGUGUCGAAUUAGUCAAUCAGUUGAUCAGUUUAAAAAUCCCUACCCUGGUGGCUGCCUGUUUUAUGUUAACUGUGUGUGUUUGGGUGUGUGGGCUAGAAUGAGUGUGCCAUGUUAGCACAAUUAAUUGUGUGAGUGCAAAUUGAAGGGUAAGAGAGUAUCAUGAGCCUCUCUCAUUUUUGUUUUCUGUGAAACUUAAUCUCAUAGCUGCAUUUUGAUUUUUAUUACUCUGAAUAUUUGUCUAUUUUUCAAAAGAGAAAAAAACUGCGCACAUGAGAUCAUUGGCCAAUCCGGGAAGAACAUUUAAGAGAAGGAACUCUAUAAUCGACUCCGGCACUGAGCGGAUGCCAAAAAAAAGUCUCCGCACUGAUCCAAGAGCAGCCACAGCCUGGCCCACUAUGUUGGUUGCCAUAGUGAUGCUCUGCGCCCACUGACUCCGUAGCUGACGACUUGGUUUCCAGCCUGCAUAGAGACAAAGGCAAGGACACACAAGUCUGUGUCCUAAGUGAGGAUGUGUGUAUGUGUGUUGGUCCACCUGCCUCCACAAUGAAUUUGCCUUGGCAGACAGAAACAGGUCCUGGUGCGCCACUUAAACACUGCCAGACACUCUGGCCUUAGUGAGAGACUGCUCCACUCUUCUCUUCUAUCCUCCUCCUCUACGAAUAGAGAGACAGAGAGAACGAGAGGGAGGUCGGAAAUGAUGGAGAAUAAAUGAACAGCUCUCUCCUGCUGAGGAUAUACGUACUUUAACACAAGGGAUUUUUUCAGUGCCAAGUCCUCCUUAUUUCCACGCUGUCCUCUGCAGCCAAUAUUUGAAGUUUUAAAGAGAGGGGGUGGGGUAGGGGGGGUACUGAUUGGUUCUGAGGCAGAUUGUAAAUCGUAUGUCUGGUUACCUCCUGCUGUGGUUUUACAGGCUUUGUGGGCAAAAGGGCAAUUUUUACACUCAUGUUAAAUCAGUUGAAUUGUCCUUAAAUUUCACAGUGGGGGUCACUGACUGAAAUUAAAUUCUUGCACAUUUCUUUAAGUUGCCCAGUUUAAUCACUCUGUCAUCCUGUCUUUAAAAGAUAUCAGAAGCUCAAAUGAUGCAUAUUAGUUUAAAAAAAACACUGAGGCCACACUGAAGAUUACUAAUGUGUAGAUGUGUAGUAAAACACUCUAAAAAUGUAAUCUGCACAUUAUAAGAAAACAAAUUAAUGGGUGGGGGCAAAUGUUUGACUUUUGUGUUUAUUUUAAAGAUUUUUCUAUUUAUUGUUUUAUACUACUUUGCAUAGCUUUGUAAGAUUUUCUUUUUGCUUUGAAAUUCUCUAAAAACUGUGCUGCUUGUGUUGCCAGGCAACUGCACCAAGCAGAUUAUGUCAAUAGCUUGUGUGUUGGCAAUGUGGUAGAUGUAGAAAUGCUAGAUUUGUCCUGCGCAUUGCAGUCCGUAGCAUUUCAUACCAGAUUGUCAAGUUUGGUCAGUGUCAAAACACUGUAUAUCUAUAUCUAUAAUGGAAUUUACUGUGGCUUUACAUGUACAGUAGUUGAACAGACAAGUCACAAAAAUGGAUUCACUUAAUGCUUUCUGCUUGAGUCGCGUUUAUUUAGUGAAAUGUGAUGUAACACCUAGGUAGGAUGUUUGAUCAAAGACAGCCGAAACUGAACUGUUAACACGUCUUCUAAUCAUGGAUUCUAGCUGAAGGCGUAUCUCCUCAGCUCCCCUGACGCAAGGCAAAAGGGAUGAAAAAUCUUUGCCACCUUCCCUGGAACGCAACAGCCAGGAGAGGUGAGAAAUCCUCGAUCUGGGCCUACCCUUUCACUGCCAGACGGAACAUGAAAACUCUUGAAAAACUUGACAUUGUUGUCUCAAUUGUGUCAACAUGUAUAUUGCAUGACAAUAUUGCAGGAGGAAUUUUAAUGUUUUGUAAACUUUGAACUCUUUGAGCAUUGUGUUUGUGUGACAGAGCAGUGCCCAAAUCCCGCCCGAAUUCCUAAGCCAAGAGUCAACACAAAGCCCAGGCUCCUCCUCAUUUACAAUAUUUGACUGCCAAUGAUGCCCUCUGAACCUAUGAAGUAAUCUCUUUCAAGAAUGGGUGUUGUGGAGAUUGUGUUUGAUAUUACUGCUCAUAUCUGUCCUUUUAAUGCUUUGCUUUUAUGCAGCACUUCAUUAAACAGAUAAAAAGCCAAAAGGUGCGUAGCUGAUACUGACACAAGCCAGAGUCCUGAGAUUUCAACUUCCUUCACUGUUUUUCAAGUUAACCAGUUUCAAGUAGACUGCACUAUUUCAGGUGGAGAAGAGCUGGUGCUAUUUAGACAGAGGAGUUAGAAAUGUGAUGCAUGUGCAGUGAAUUCAGCUACAACUAAAUCAAUGUGUUCAACAAUAAGGUCCAUUGAUUAGCUGCCUGUCCACUCAUUAUUAACAAGUUUACAAGUGUUUUCAUAAAAGAGAUAUUGACCUCACUUGGACACAACAUCCCAGACGCAAGUUGUCCACACACUGAAUAUUGCAAGUUCCCAAGUAGAUGAUGAGGUAACACUUCAACUAGAAAAGUCUUCUUCAUACCCAUGUGGUUAAAAAAAAGGAGUCCAAGUACAAUUAUUAGAACACAUGAUACAAAAACCUGCAAGUGAUAACAUUCAUAUGACAGAAAUAUGUACAUUGAUUGUGCAGAGAAAGAUACAUUUGGUUUUUUGCAUCAUGUGGUCUCCUCUAAUUUUCUGUGUAUAUAUAUAUUGUCUAUCCAGUUUUUCUCUCAUAUGGUGUUUGCCUAAUGAAGACCAUGUUGGUUGAAAUGUUGCCUCAUUCAAUUGUGAUAUUCAGCAUGGGAACUGCCCCUUUUUUCCCCAUUAUACAGACUUUAGCCUCCUGUUUCUAUAUGAUGCAAUGCUGAUGCAAGUCAAAGGUUUAUAUAUAUAUAAAAACAGCAGGAAAGCCACUCUGUGUAUUUCAGGUGCCAGUGUCACCAGGAAUAAUUAAUAGAGCUGCUGGAAAGGUCUUGAUUUGACAGUAAUGAUUGCACAUCUUACUGACUUGCAUUUGCAUUGGCAGUAAAUGCUGAACAUUCCUAGAUUUGCAGGUUGGGUGAAUGGUGCCACUGAACAGAUGCUUCAGCUUUACUGUGUAAAAUCACACAAUAAGACUUAAUUCAUUAAAAAUUCAACUCACUUCAUCUUUCUAGACUUGAGCCAGGAAGUGUAAGGCAUGGUCGUGGUGUGUGGUGUCACAGUGCUGCCGCCAUCAUUGGGGCUGUACACAAACUCUGAAUGGUGUUUUUUGUAGAAAUAAUAUUAAUACCAUCCAUUGCUGCCUCCCAAGAUUCCUCCAGAUGUUCUGACAGUGUUGUAGCUGCAUUUUGAGGGCUGCAUGUAUUGGCUGUGUGCUGGCUCCAGAUUUAGGUGUAAAAUAGUUUGUGGUGAUGUUUUCAGUUCAGCCAGUGAUGCUUUAUUUUCAAGUGAUGUAUUUUUAUAUGACCAUGGUUUGUUUUUUUUCUUAAUCUAUCUAAUAGUUGCCAUCGUGACCAUGAAAAAGGCACUUUGCUAUUGUCAGUUUAUUGCAAUAAAAUACAUUCAGUGCAUCUCCCUGC